CUCUCGGACACACAGCACAGGAGAACAGAGUCGCAGAGGGCCGGUGGACGCAGGAGAGCACCGCGGAAGGGGCCAGAGGCGCGUUGCAACGAGCAAGAUGAUUGGCGGAGUGAUCCGGCGCUCGGUGCCGCGGGCCAGCGGCAUCACCGUGGACUGGGCGAAGAUGGCGGGGAACUGCGUCGCGGCGGAGUCCAAGUCCUUCGUGAUCGGCCUGAAGCAGGAGGUUGCGCAGGCAGAUGCGAUGCACGAGAAGUACUCCAAGCAGCCGGAGCCGAUCGACUGGGCUAGCUACAAGGAGUUCUUCGGGAACCACCCGACCAUCGCAAAGCUGCAGGAGGAGUACGAGUCCACGAAGCAGGUCGCCAUGCCCGCGCCGGAGGCACCAGAGAUGAUGAUGAAGCCGGUGGCGGUGGGGGACCCCAAGGACAUCGACUGGGAGGGUAGCUGGAAGACGUACGGGGAGCUCUUCGACGGAAACACUGCCCAGCUGGCGGCUGCGCAAACGGGCAACACGGAGGCGAAGGUGGUUGCGCUAGCGGACAAGGAGCAACUCCUCAAGAACAACAUGACCAACGACCAGACGACGGUGGCGGAUAUCUUCAAGAAGUACCCCCAGAUCGAGCAGGAGUGCAACGACGAGGUCGCCAACCACGAGUGGUGCACCAACCUCAAGUAGACGUUCUACAUACAUCAGUAGAUCGACCAAACGACAGAGACGCGGGCGCACAGGCGCAUCAGACCGUGUUGUUGUUGGGUGAGGGCUGCGCCUGUGUUGUGCAGCCACGAUGACAAGGACGAUUUUUUUUUGUUUUGAGACACUCUUUCGAGCGUGUGUUGUGUAGCCACGAUGACAAGGACGAGGUGUUUUUUUGAGACACACUUUCGAGCGUGUGGCGUGCAGCCACGAUAGUUAAGGACGGAGUUUAUUUUUGAGACGCUUUCGAGUUGGAAGCGGCGAGAAUGUCGCUGUGCGGCAUCGGGCAUAAAGACUGCUCUGCUCUUUGCCUGGGCGUGAGAAGCUCACUGGCCGGGAUAGUCGGGAUGGGGCGGGGGCGGGUGGAGACACCAGAGGGUGGUCAACUGCUUUGGCACCGCGGCGGGACAGGGCCGCUGGCAAACACACCACUGAGAAAAGGCGCGUAAUUUAUUUUACGAAGAUACGCUUGCCUUUGUUUCGGCAACAAACGUCAAAGAUAGUGGCCAAUCCUGGCGGCAGCAAGCGGCCACAGCGGCGGCCUCGACGGUGUAGCGUAGUUCGUCUUCAUUCACUCGCCUACACAGGACCUCUUUUUGUUUUUGUGGGUGGACAGGCGGGACAGAUUAGGUAGAGCCUUCUAAAACUAUCUACUAAAUCAUAAGACC